CGUAUUGUCGUAUUGACGUAUUCUCGACAUUCUCGUGCACACGUCAGUAUCGUCAACACUAGUUUGUGCGUCUAAUUUCUUAUUCAACAAGUUCAUCAAACAGAACACACAAAACAUUCCAUAUCUUUGUUUGUUUAUAUUGCAAGUGUCUUUUAUUUAUUUUUUAUCCACUAAACGCUAUAAAUCAUACAAUUUCAAUAAUGGCUUCACCGUUAGACAUGGACAAGUUUCUAGCUAGUUUGAGCAACCUUCCUACCCAGAUACAGCAAAAUCUCAGUCUGUUGCAAGACAUCGAUUUUAAUUCGCAAGAACUGAUACGCAACAUAACCAUAAUCACCGACGAUUAUCUUAAGAACCAAAAAUAUUUGACCGACAAAAAUAAUAAAUCUUUAAACAACAUUCAACGUCAGUUUGUGCAAGCAAAAGAGUAUGGUGAUGACAAAGUUCAGUUGUCUUUACAGACAUACACGGUGGUGGAUGAUGUAAUAAAAAAAAUGGAUGCAUAUUUAAUGUGGUACGAAGCCAACAACCAAGCUAAAGCCAUGAACACCGCCAAAACUAUUCAUGAAGCUAUAAAAAAAAACAUUGCUAAGACCGAGAACAAUGACAUUAAAAAGAAACAAUUAGAUAAAGGAGGUAAAAAAACAAGUGCUGCAUCUCAAAAAGAACAGGAUGUCAAAAUUCCUAAAAAUGUCCCUAAAAGCGGAGUGACCGGUGUAUUGGCUGGCAAAAGAACUAUACUGGUUGGCAAAAGAUCUCUACGUCCGGCUGCAGUAAUCGACAUGCCUGUUGAUCCGAAUGAACCGAAGUUUUGUUUGUGUAACCAAGUAUCAUUUGGGGAAAUGAUAGGGUGUGAUAACCCAGAUUGUACUAUUGAAUGGUUCCAUUUUGUUUGCGUAAAGUUGACUACUAAGCCCAAAGGAAAAUGGUUCUGCCCAAAAUGCAAACAGCCAGAAGAAAAGCAGUAAUACAUUUCAUACACUCCUCAGUUUUAUUAUAAUAAUAUUUUAAACUUUCAUAAUUUUUAUCGCUUAAUAAACGUCAAAUGCUUUUACUAUCAAUAAUAUUUUAAAAUCCCCUAAAGGUUAGAACCUUCUGAUGAUCGUAGAAAAUAUAUAAUAUGUAUUUGGUUUUAUUUAACUAUACUAUUUAAUCUUCAUUGCACGUAGUUUUAGUUUUUAUCAUUAUAUUCAUAUUUAUUAUUAAUUAAAUACUAAAUAGUUUCAUAUAUUCUGUAGAAGUUAUUUAUAAAUUGUAAUAGCACAUUUUAAUAAAAUAAAAAUAUACUUGUAGUUAUAAAAAAUUGAGAUUAAAAUUAAAUAUUCUACAUUCUACUA